CACUCGGCAAAGGCGCGGGGAAACGUGGCGCCCGGGCUCUGGCUUCUCUGGCGGGGCUCGGCAUGAGGCUGGCGCGGCUGCUUCGCGGAGCUGCCUUGGCCGUCCCGGACCCGGGGCUGCGCGCCGCCGGCCCCAGCCGCUCCUUCAGCUCGGACUCGGGCUCCGGCCCGGCGUCCGAGCGCGGCGUUCCGGGCCAGGUGGACUUCUACGCGCGCUUCUCACCGUCCCCGCUCUCCAUGAAGCAGUUCCUGGACUUCGGAUCAGUGAAUGCUUGUGAAAAGACCUCAUUUAUGUUUCUUCGGCAAGAGUUGCCUGUCAGACUGGCAAAUAUAAUGAAAGAAAUAAGUCUCCUUCCAGAUAAUCUUCUCAGAACACCAUCCGUUCAAUUGGUACAAAGCUGGUAUAUCCAGAGUCUUCAGGAGCUUCUUGAUUUUAAGGACAAAAGUGCUGAGGAUGCUAAAGCUAUUUAUGACUUUACAGAUACUGUGAUACGGAUCAGAAACCGACACAAUGAUGUCAUUCCCACAAUGGCCCAGGGUGUGAUUGAAUACAAGGAGAGCUUUGGGGUGGAUCCUGUCACCAGCCAGAAUGUUCAGUACUUUUUGGAUCGAUUCUACAUGAGUCGCAUUUCAAUUAGAAUGUUACUCAAUCAGCACUCUUUAUUGUUUGGGGGAAAAGGCAAAGGAAGUCCGUCUCAUCGAAAACACAUUGGAAGCAUAAAUCCAAACUGCAAUGUAGUUGAAGUUAUUAAAGAUGGCUAUGAAAAUGCUAGGCGUCUGUGUGAUUUGUAUUAUAUUAACUCUCCCGAACUAGAACUUGGAGAACUAAAUGCAAAAUCACCAGGACAGCCAAUACAAGUGGUUUAUGUACCAUCCCAUCUCUAUCACAUGGUGUUUGAACUUUUCAAGAAUGCAAUGAGAGCCACUAUGGAACACCAUGCCAGCAGAGGUGUUUACCCUCCUAUUCAAGUUCAUGUCACGUUGGGUAAUGAGGAUUUGACUGUGAAGAUGAGUGACCGAGGAGGUGGUGUUCCUCUGAGGAAAAUUGACAGACUCUUCAACUACAUGUAUUCAACUGCACCGAGACCUCGUGUUGAGACUUCCCGCGCGGUGCCCCUGGCUGGUUUUGGUUAUGGAUUGCCCAUAUCACGUCUUUACGCACAAUACUUCCAAGGAGACCUGAAGUUGUAUUCCCUAGAGGGUUACGGGACAGAUGCAGUUAUCUACAUUAAGGCUUUGUCAACAGACUCAAUAGAAAGACUCCCAGUGUAUAACAAAGCUGCCUGGAAGCAUUACAACACCAACCACGAGGCUGAUGACUGGUGCGUCCCCAGCAGAGAACCCAAAGACAUGACGACGUUCCGCAGUGCCUAGACACACUUGGGACAUCCGGAAAAUCCAAAUGUGGCUUUUGUAUUAAAUUUGGAAGGUAUGGUGUUCAGAACUAUAUUAUACCAAAUACUUCAUUUGUCAUUUUCACAAAACUAUUUGAGUAGAAAAAAUGGAAACUGAAUUCCAUUUGUGCCCAUUAAACCUCCUAAAGGAUGAAAUCACACCUAUUUUACACUUAUAUUUCACAGUAAUUGAACAUAUUUUUAAACAACUGUAGUUUUGGUCAACUUUUUGCUUUGUGGUAGACUUCAGAAGUGUGGAAAUCUUUGGGUUUCUAUAGGAAACUAGUUUUUUUUAAAAAAAAUACUUUGUUUGCUAGAAACAUUUUCUAAAUAAUAGUGAUUAGCUGGUUAGCCAUCUUCCUGUUAUUUGGAGGAGUUCUGCCGUCUUUAUUCGGUAGUAAUAUGGUCUUCAUGUUUAUCAGUGACUGACUACAAGUAAAGCAGAAAACAGUUGCCCUGUAAUCACAGAACCAGCCACCAUUCGGCGUCUAUGUGCAUUGUCUUAGCUAUGAGGUUAAUUCAUCAUUUUAAAAUUUUAUUGUAAAGAAGUGUAAUGACUCUCUCUCUGUGGAUCUAUGCCAAAAUCAUGGGCCGUCUGUUCUAAGUGUACUUGUGAUUAAUGCAAGGAGAAAUUUUUAUACUGAAAACAAACAUACUAGCAGCUACUAAAAUAGAGAAGAAAUUGAGGGCAAAGUAAUAUGUCUCCAAAACUGAACUGAUUGCUUGUUGAGAUUACCUAGAAAGCUUUUGGAAAAAAAUGGAGUUUUUCUGCGUCCUACUCCAGAUAUACCGAAUCAGAAUCCCUAGGACUAGAGCCUAGAAAUCUCACUUUUAAAAAUGCUUCCUAGGUGAGUCUGAUGCCUACCCUAGGUUGGGAACCACUCUUUCAAAGUAAGUAGUGAUGACACGGCAUUUACUAAAGUAACAUCUGUAGGUUUUGGUUUCCACCUAUUUAAAGCCAGAUUUAUAGACUCGAGAAGACAGAAACUGAAUCCCACACCUGGUGCAAUUAGAAGCAUAAUUAGAAGCAGAAGAACAAAAUGCCAGGUAACCAAAGCAUCAGAGCCAUCAUUGCUCAAGUCUUUUUUCUUUCUCUUUUUCUUUUUUUUUUUUUUUUUUUUUUUUUUUUUUUUUGAGACAGGGUCUCGCUCUUUUGCCCAGGAUGGAGUGCAGUGACAUGAUCAAGGCUCACUGCAGCCUCAAUCUUCUGGGCUCAAGUAAUCCUUCUACCUCAGCCUCCUAUAUAGCUGGAACUACAGUUGUGCAUUACCACACCCAGCUAAUUUUUUUUAUUUCUUGUAGAGAUGAGAUCUCAGUAUGUUCCCAGGCUAGUGUUGAACUCCUGAGCUCAAGAAAUCCUCCUGCCUGAGUCUGAAAGUGCUGGGAGUAUAGGCGUGAACCACCACACGUGGCCUAUUGCACAAGUCUUGACAAACAACAUAUAUUUUCUAAAACUAUCCAAAUUUUGUUAUCAGGGAGAAGUUUGCUUAGGUUUAUUAGAGCAGUCCUUUGCAUUCGUAUGGUAAUUUGUACUUUACAAACACUUUGAUAUAUUAUAACUCUAUUGGUCUUUGAAACAAAGUGAUGCAGUGUAGGUGGUAUCAUUGUCUUUCUCACUCAGUGUGGCCCAGAGUUGCUCAGAGUCGGAGCAGACCCUGAGGUGUAUCUGCAGAUCCUGUCAUCAGCUGGCAAGUCCAGGAGACUGUGUCAUUUAGAGACUUGUUGUUAGUUACCCCUCAACAUCUUUUAAGGUGGCAGGAAAAUACAGUGGACAUAGCAUUUUAAAGUAAAAAUUUUAAAGUUUAAAGAAGAGUUUUGCCACUUAAAUGGGAGAGCUUUGUCUAGAAAAUCCAUUGAGUUGAAACACUUCAUCCUUGGAAGGAUUAUGUAAGAUGAACAAUUGCGAUAAAUGUGUGGAUUAGAGGCAGUUAGUGAAUAGGCAGUUAGUCCAGUGCCCUCAUUUAAGAGGCCAA